AUGCCUGCAGACCUUCUCGGCGCGGGUAUUGCGUCAUCCGAUCCUCUGCCCGCCAUGGCCACAACAACCGUGAAGAUCGAUGGGAUGACCUGCGGAGCAUGUACCUCUGCGGUCGAGGGCGCUUUCAAAGGUGUCGACGGUGCUGGAGAUGUGUCUGUCAGUUUGAUAAUGGGCCGAGCUGCUGUGCAACAUGACCCAUCCAUACUUUCGCCGGCCCAGGUCGCGGAGAUGAUUGAAGAUUGCGGCUUCGAUGCCGCAGUCCUGUCGACUGAGGAGCAAACUUCAAGCACAAGCACUGGUAAGCUUGAAGCUCCGACAAAGCGAUCUUCCAAGACAACUCUUGCCAUCGAAGGAAUGACCUGCGGCGCGUGCACAUCUGCGGUGGAAAGCGGCCUGAAAGACGUUGCGGGUGUCAAUUCCGUUGAAGUCUCGCUUCUUUCGGAGCGCGCGGUAAUCGACCACGACGCGGAGACUAUCUCGCCAGAACAACUAGCGGAUAUCAUUGAAGACCGGGGCUUUGGAGCGAGAGUGCUGGAAACACAGGCGUCAUCCGCAGGACCGGAAGAUGCACCUGCGCUCGCCGAUAUGGUGGAAGAUAAAAAAGGGCACUUGGUCACCACCGUAGCAAUUGGAGGUAUGACCUGUGGUGCCUGUACAUCUAGUGUGCAGAAUGCCUUUACCGAUGUGGAGGGCGUGAUUCAGUUCAAAAUUAGUCUGCUCGCUGAGCGCGCAGUGGUUGUGCACGAUCCGUCCAUUAUCACAGCCAACGACCUUACGACAAUAGUGGAGGAUGCUGGAUUCGAUGCUUCGAUCAUAUCAUCAGAGGCGCAGGAACCGCUGUCCAGAAAGAUCCAGCAAAUGAGCCUCAGUCUUCACGGGAUACGAGACGGCAAUUCCGCUUCGGCUCUCGAAGAAGACCUUUUGAGACAGCCAGGAAUCAAAUCUGCUUCCAUUACUCUGUCAAAUUCGCGACUAUCUGUCUCCUUCGACACCUCUGUGAUUGGAAUAAGAUCAGUGUUCGAGGUAAUCGAAGCCGCUGGAUAUAACGCUCUAGUCGCAGACUCGGAUGACACCAAUGCGCAGCUGGAGUCAUUAUCCAAAACAAAAGAAAUACAGGAAUGGCGACGUGCAUUUACUACUUCAGUGUCGUUUGCGGUCCCAGUAUUUCUCAUCAACAUGAUCUUGCCCAUGUAUCUGCACAGCCUCGACUUUGGCGCCUUUGAAUUAUUUCCAGGCCUUUACCUAGGAGAUUUGCUUUGUCUGACAUUAACAGUUCCUGUGCAAUUCGGUAUUGGACGCCGAUUCUAUAUCACCAGUUUUAAGUCUCUGAAGCAUCGGUCCCCAACGAUGGACGUUCUCGUUAUGCUGGGAACAUCUGCUGCGUUCUUUUACAGCUGUUUCACUAUGGUCAUGGCCUUAUUCGACGAGCACCACAAACGUCCGAGUACUGUGUUUGACACGAGCACUAUGCUCAUUACCUUCAUCACUCUCGGACGCUGGUUGGAGAAUCGGGCAAAGGGGCAAACAUCUGCUGCUUUGUCCCGUCUCAUGUCAUUGACUCCAUCCAUGACAACUAUUUACGAAGAUCCCAUCGCCGCAGAGAAGUUAGCUGAUGGCUGGUCUGCUGGAGGCACCACAGAUGCUUCGAAGCCGGCUUUGGCAUCCGAUAAUUCAUCUGUGAACCAGAAGAUCAUUGCCACAGAGUUGAUCCAGGUUGGGGAUAUUGUUAUCCUUCGUCCUGGUGAUAAAGUUUCCGCGGACGGAGUGAUUAUUCGAGGCGAAAGCUACGUCGAUGAAAGCAUGAUCACCGGAGAGGCUCUUCCAAUUCACAAAAAGAAGGGAAGUCACGUCAUUGCUGGCACUGUCAACGGCACAAGCUCAAUCGACUUCAAGGUCAUUCGCGCUGGUAAGGACACUCAGUUGAGUCAGAUUGUGAAAUUGGUUCAGGAUGCUCAGACUAGCCGAGCUCCCAUUCAGCGUAUGGCUGAUAUUGUCGCGGGCUAUUUCGUCCCAACCAUCAUCGGUCUCGGCCUGGUUACUUUCUUCGGUUGGAUGUUUCUCAGUCAUGUCCUGCCUGACCCGCCAGUGGUCUUCCAAUCCGAAGAUAGUGGUGGUCGGGUCAUGGUUUGCCUGAAGCUCUGCAUUUCCGUCAUCGUCUUUGCAUGCCCCUGCGCAUUGGGUCUUAGCACACCAACUGCUGUCAUGGUUGGUACAGGAGUUGGAGCCGAGCAUGGAAUCCUUGUCAAGGGAGGCGCCGUGCUUGAAGCUGCUACCAAGGUCAACCACGUUGUCUUUGAUAAGACGGGCACAUUGACCACGGGCCGGAUGAGCGUGGCUCAUGUUUGUAUUGAGCCUCAUUGGACUGCGAAUGACUGGCGCCGUAAGCUGUGGUGGCUUAUUGUCGGCCUCGCCGAAAUGGGCAGUGAGCACCCGAUUGGCCGGGCCAUUCUGUCAGAGGCUAAGGCUGAGUCUGGUCAUCCUGGAGAUGAUGGGUUGCCUGGCAGUAUUGGUGACUUUGAUGCCAUUGUGGGCAAGGGUAUCUCGGCUUUCGUGGAGCCAAUGUCCAGUGCCGAACGGAUCCGUUACCACGUUCGACUUGGAAAUGCAGAAUAUCUCCGCUCAAAGAAUAUCGAUAUGCCUGCGUCAGUUGACCCCGAAUCACCCGAAACACAAGAGGAGACAGAUCUUGCAGCUCCCAAGCCCAGCGCGGCUGCUUCUGGUAUUACACGGAUUCAUGUUGCCAUCGACUCUCGCUAUGCCGGAACUAUUUCUCUUCGUGACAACGUGAAGGACACGUCAGUUGCCGCGGUGGCUGCCCUGCACCGCAUGGGCAUCGCGACCUCCAUGGUGACAGGCGACACACUCUCCACUGCUCUAUCGAUCGCAUCAGCAGUCGGCAUCCCAGCCGCAUCAGUCCACGCGUCGGCUUCACCGUCCGAUAAACGCACCAUCAUCUCAGAACUCCAGCUACGGGGAGAGAAAGUUGCCAUGGUCGGUGAUGGCAUCAACGACUCGCCCGCCCUCGCUACCGCAUUAGUCGGUAUUGCUCUGGCAUCAGGGACAGACGUCGCCAUGGAGGCAGCCGACAUUGUCCUCAUGCGACCCGAGGAUCUUCUUUCCGUACCCGCCAGCUUGUCACUAUCUCGCUCGGUGUUCAACCGCAUCAAGUUGAACCUCGUGUGGGCCUGUCUGUACAAUAUCAUCGGUCUUCCUUUCGCCAUGGGUCUAUUCCUCCCAUUCACAGGCUUCAUGCUUCCCCCAAUGGCCGCAGGUGCUGCCAUGGCUGCUUCCAGUGUGUCUGUCGUUGUCAGCAGUCUAUUGCUUAAGCUCUGGCGCCGUCCGGCUUGGAUGGACGUCAAACGCCUCGAAAAAGAGCUUGGCUCAGGUGCCAUUGCUCCCGACAUCGGUGCGUCACACUCUCGCAAUGCCAGUUGGUGGACGCCUGCUACAGUGCUCUCCACCGAACGGCCACGUUCUCUUCGUCGCUGGGCCGGCGAUGCUGUUUCUGCUCUUUGGUCUGCAGCUACUGGCAAACGACCUACUAUUCGCGAAGACGAGGGUUAUGUGCCAUUGCAGACUGUAGAGCCUGUCUGA